AUGGAUGACUUAUUCGAAGUCCUCCUCGAGGAAGGAGCCACCAACAAGAAAUCAAGACAAGCUCAACAUCCAGGCCGCAUCACAAAAGGCGGCUCAAAGACUGCCGCAGUCCCUGCUAGACGACGAGUCAGAAUGCCCUAUGAUCAUAGCUAUGCAACACCGCCUUCGUCCAACAAGCCAGACGCCCCAUAUGGCAUCAAGUUGUGCUACCAAGAGAAGCGAGCAGACUUGACACCAGACACCAACAUCAACCUCAAAUUCAUCGAAGAUGGGAAAGGUGCCUUCAGUAUCUCUAUCGUAGCCACCAACAACGCCCGGUCUUAUGAUGAACAGCCCAUCUCCGAAGUCGACAAAGUGAGGAUCAAGUACACUCUCCAAAAGCUGCGCGAAGAGCUAUCAAAAUAUUCCGCCGCAAUGGCCUCAACUACUAGCGAAGGCUCCCCACCACCAACCGCACACACAACGACCAGUCCACCAAUGACCAUCUACGACGAAGAGGACGAGAACGCGAUGCUCGCAAUCGAAGACGCCCCAUCAACCUCCCAGCUGUGGGAUCAACAACCAGUGCCCGGUACAAUUCAUCGCCAACCUCUUGCAGAACUCAAAUCCGACGCCGAAAAGCAAGCAGAAAUCCAGUCCGCCUUCCUGUACGUGAUCACUGCCCUCCAACUACGUCUGAAUGCGCACUACCGCGCUGUACGCUCGAGCACGGUGGUGGAGGUGGAUGACCUGAUGGGGCUAUUGACUAUCGAGGAUGAAGAGGCUGCCGAGGAGUGGUUGGUGCGGUUGAUGGGUAGUUUGGGUGUUGGUGAUGGAAAGAUGGAAGAUGGGGAUGGACACGGCGAAGUAGCGCUUAAGACGGAAAAUGAGGAGCUGAAGGAAGAGUAUGAGCCGGAGCUGUGA